AUGCCUUUUAAGGUUUUUCACCCCUUCGAUGUCAUGAACAAAAGCAUCACACUUUUGAGUCGACGAUUCCACAGUUACACCAGAAUGGCUGAAGAAACGGGUAAUGCAUUGAAACAACAAACGGUGAUCAAAUCACAAUUGCAAAAGCAUGACGCAUGGAAAAGCGGACCACGUCAGAAUACGGACUUAACAUUGAAACCAGAUGAAAUCCCCAAUAUUAGGGGAGAGCCAUCUCCAUUGGGUGGAUCGUGGUGUGGUAUAUUUGAGAAUAAAGUAGAGUUUAAAUCUGAACAUUUUGUCACGGCAAUGUCGAAUCUUAUAAAAAGCCCUAACAUCAAUUCAACUGUUAUUUUACGAUCUGAUAUUUUAAGGAGAAAUGUAUUCAAUGACGACGAUGAACAAACUGAAACAUUUGUUGCCGCAAAUAUCAAUGAUGAGCCAUUAUUGAAUGAACCACUUGACAACGUUUUAACCAGGCAUAUUGAUGAUACUGAAAUCAAGUACGUACCAAUCAACUCGGAUUUCAAGCCAAUAAAUGAGUUCGUUAGAAGGAUGAUCCCAAGAAACCCUUCAAAGGAUUAUAUCAUUAACCAAACUUGUUUGCUCUUACGCAACCGCAAAGAAAACUCUUAUUUGAUUAUAUACACACCACAUAUUUCCGAUCCCGAAGAAAUUCCGUUCUAUUUACCCCCAGCAAAGUCUAUUGGUAUUUUAUUCAACGAGAAGACCUCAAAGUUGUCCAUUUAUUACCUACCGUUUGACUCGCAAGAUAAGAAUAUAUUUAAGGAUAUGGCACCUUCGGAACGUCCAAUUAGAAUUGCUUAUAGAUUAUUAGGGACAGCAAAGAAACAUUCAAACGGUGUCAUGAAUGGUUAUUCCAAGCGUGUCAAUCAUGACCAAGUUGUUCCGAAACAAAUAUUUCAGGAUAGAUACAUCUUGUUGAAGCAAAAAUAUGCUAAAACUCUAGUUGAUAAUUGGUGUGAAUCGACUGAUCCACGUAAACACGUCUUUGAAGAUAUAGCAAUUGCAGCAUUUUUAAUUGAAUUUUGGAAUUUGAUUUAUCCAGACAAAACAUCUUUCCAGUUUAGAGACUUGGGGUGUGGAAAUGGUGUUUUGGUGUAUAUUUUGAUAAUGGAAGGUUACAUGGGUGAAGGUAUUGAUGCACGUGCUCGUAAAUCUUGGGAUUCUUUCCCUAAAGAGGUUCAAAAACAGUUAAGAGAGCAGGUGAUUGUUCCCUCGGUCUUAUUAAGGCCGCAUCCCAUGCAAUUUGCCCAAAACCCAUAUAUAUCUGACAAUGGCCAGGUAUGGAAAGUCCCUAUAAAUGACCAAUCAUCUCACCAAAGUCCUACGAAGGCAGGUAGUAAGAAUGUUCAGUUGGUCGAGUGCUACUCAAGUGCUGAAUUAUUAAGUGACGCAAGGAUUAAUGUCACAGAGUUUCCUCUAAACACAUUCAUCAUUGGUAACCAUUCGGAUGAGCUUUCAUGUUGGAUUCCGUUGCUUGGUUAUCCGUUCAUUGUCAUUCCAUGUUGUUCUCAUAGCUUAAGUGGUGACAAAACUCGAUAUCCAGUCAUUAAAGGACUUAAUGGUAGAACUACUCCACAAGAAGGUAAUUCCACAUACCAAGGUUUAGUUGAUCAUGUUGAAUACCUUGCCAUGAUGUCAGGAUGGAAAGUUGAAAGGGAAAUGCUGAGAAUCCCAUCAACUAGAAAUGCUGCAGUGAUUGGUUAUCAAAGAAGCGAAUUUGUACCAAAGUCAAUUUACGAAAUUAUUGCAAUGGAAGGUGGUGCAACAAAAUGGGUAGAGAAUACAAUGGCUUUAAUGAAGAAGAAACCAAGGAAUCAUUGA